GCAUAGCAUAUUUUUCUUGGUGGGGUAACUUGAAUAAAAAGCCUCAUACUUCCACUGCAACAUUAUAUAUUUUUCUUGGUGUGAUCCGAUCCCUUCAGGAGAAUAAGAUCAACGUCUAUAGAAGGAAACGUUGGAAUAUAUUGGCAAGAUGGCCAAGCUCUCUCUCAAACUUCAGUCAGCUCUCGUAGUGUCCCUGAUAUGUUUGAAAGUUGUAAGUCCUGCAGAUGACGUGAUCCAGUACUUUACCAGCCUCAUUGCCGAAGGACAAGCUACAUCUAAUUCUUACGUAGUGCCUACUGAUGCAAGCAUGUACAAGCCAACUGAUGAUUCUGUUACAGAUUAUGGCACCUACGACUUUAUCGUAGUAGGUGGAGGAGUUACAGGAUCUGUAGUAGCCAGUCGCUUAUCAGAAAUGGAAAAUCGCAAAGUACUGUUACUGGAAGCGGGUACAUUUGCUGAUGAAGAAUUCCUGCGUAUUCCUUCAAUGACUGCCUUUUUGGCAAACUCUCCAGUCCAGUGGGGAUUCAAGAGUGUUCCUCAAAAAACAGCUUGUUUAUCUUUGAUCAAUCAAAGAUGUUCAGGAUCUCGAGGAAAAGGAAUGGGAGGCACCUCUAUAUUGAACGGAGGAAUAUAUCAACGUGGUGUUCCCAGAGGAUUCGAUUAUUGGGCCGAAAUAACCAAUGAUCCGGGAUGGUCUUACAAAAACCUCCUACCGUUGUUCAAGAAAUCGGAGGAUUUCCACCACAAUGACCCCACGGCACCAGCUGAUCUGGACUAUCACGGGACUGGUGGAUAUUUGAACGUUCAAUUCGUCAUGCCUAGAAAUCCUAUCACCGACAUUUUCUUGCAAGCAAACAGAGAACUCGGCAAUCCCAUUGUUGAUUAUAACGGACCCAGUCAAAUCGGUGCUACUAUCUUCCAACUGUAUAUGAAAAAUGGUCAGCGACUGAACAUCAGCUCUGCGUUCUUGGACCCUGUUAUGGACAGGAAGAACUUGAAGGUAUUAACUGAGAGUUACGUUACCAAAGUAAACUUUGAUAAGAAUGAUAAGAGAGCAAUCGGUGUCACCUUCACUCAUCAUGGUAAAACCUACAGUGCAAAUGCUGACCGAGAGGUCAUACUCUCAGCAGGCGUUUUCCAAACCCCGCAGCUGCUCUUACUAUCCGGAAUCGGUCCGAAAGCGCAUUUGGAAGAAGUUGGAGUUGAAGUAAUUGAAGAUUUGGAAGGGGUUGGUAGCUCCUUGCAAGAUGAUGUCAUUAAUCAAAUGGUCAUUUUCAAAUCCAACUACAGCGCCACACCCAAACCACUUGAACAACAGAUCCAGGAAUAUCUUGAGGGCAGAGGACCAAUGACCGAAGUCUUGGCUUCACAAGGUGUAGGUUUCUACCAGACACAGUACGAGAAAGACGAUCUCAUAGAUCUAGAAUUGAUCAGUUCUACCACCUCAGCCUCAGAGUUCGGUCGUAAAUACAUGGGUAUGAGAGCCGAGACUUACAACGCCAUAUGGGGAAAUGACACGAAAGGAAUGGCCAUCAACAUUUGCAAUGUUAACCCAGUAUCUAAAGGCACUGUAAGGCUGAAGAGCAGCAGUCCCUAUGACUACCCACUGAUAGACUUCAAUCUGAUGAACGAUCCCCAAGAAAAGGAUAUCGCUGUUAUGUAUGAGGGUGUUCAGAGAGUGAUGCAGAUGAUGAAGACACCCUCUUACCAAAGGUAUGGCACUGAAUUCCUCGCUAACCCAAUCCCUGAUUGUAUGAGUCAUGAGCUGUGGUCCAAAGACUACUGGUACUGCUUCUUGAGACACACGAGCAUCGCAGCUUACCAUACUCGAGGUUCUUGUCCUAUGGGGUCGGAUCCCAAGAAAGGAGCUGUUGUAGAUAAUGAACUGAGGGUAUUUGGAGUGAAGAAUUUACGAGUUGUUGAUUCUAGUGUGAUGCCUGUUACUAUGUCUGGUCAUAACACCGGAACCUGUCUUGUCAUCGGAGAAAAGGCUUCUGAAUAUAUCAAAGGUCAUCAUAAGUAACAUAACUAUGAUGUAACUUUUUGGUAGAAAUUGACGCAGGCAUGCAUUUCGUUGAGUAAAAUUUGUUAUUAUUGCAAUAUAUUCCAUCUGAAAUGAAG